UGCUUGGCACAACAAUGGACCCCCUCAGCAUAGCCAAUGCUGAAUUUUGCCUUGAUGUAUUCAAAGAGAUAAGCAGUAGCAAUGUGGGCGAAAACAUCUUCUUUUCUCCAGUCUCUGUGUUUUAUGCUCUGAGCAUGCUCCUUCUGGGUGCUAGAGGGAAGAGUGCUGAGCAAAUGGAGAAGGUGCUCCACUAUGACAACUUUCCAGAACUCUUAAAGCCAAAGAUGAAAAAUUCUUCUGAGUGCAGCCAAGGUGGAAGAAUGCAUCCUGAUUUCCGAGCUCUGCUCUCCCAAAUCAACCAACUGAAGUCCCUCAAAAUUGCUAACCAAAUCUACGGGGCGAAGGCGAUAACAUUUCACAAGCAAUAUUUAAGGUGUUCUGAGAAACUGUACCAAGCCAAGCUGCAAAGUGUUGAUUUUGAACUAUCUACAGAAGAGACAAGGAAAAGUAUUAAUGCUUGGGUUGAAAAUAAAACUAACGGAAAAGUCACAAACUUAUUUGAAAAGGGUACAAUUGAUCCGUCCUCUGUCAUGGUCCUCGUGAGUGCCAUAUAUUUUAAGGGAAAAUGGCAAAAUAAGUUCCAAAAAAGAGACACAGUGAAAGCUCCCUUUCACAUAAGUGUGGGUAAAAGUGCAGUUGUGGACAUGAUGUAUCGGACUGGAAAAUUUAGGAUGGCCUUUGUAAAGCAGCCACAGAUGAAACUCAUUGAGAUUCCCUACGACAAUAGCGAACUAAAGAUGGUCAUCCUACUUCCAGUAGGCACAACCAGUGUACAGCAGAUAGAAAAACAUCUGAGUGUGAAGAUGCUUCAAGAGUGGACCAGUCCUUCUAACAUGGUGGAAAGAGAAGUGGAAGUUCAUGUCCCCAAAUUCAAUCUUUCAGUAAAAUAUGACCUAAACUCCUUGUUGAAAUCCCUAGGCAUGAGGGACAUCUUCAAUGUGGCCAGAGCUGAUCUCUCUGGAAUGUCACCAGACAAGGGCCUGUAUUUAUCUAAGGUUGUUCACAAGUCAUUUGUUGAUGUCAACGAAGAAGGCACAGAGGCAGCAGCAGCCACUGGGGAGAGUAUUGCUGUGAAAAGACUUCCUGUCACGGAUGAGUUCACAGCCGAUCGUCCUUUCCUGUUCUAUGUCUGGCAUAAGUAUUCCGAUAUUAUGUUUGCGGGCAAGUAUGUUUCUCCAUAG